AUGGAGGGAUUUUUUGCUGGUCCAAUCAUGGAGAAGAUCAUCAACGCUUGCUCUGCUUACCUGGAAGAUCAAGUCGGAUGGCAGACGGGCAUGAAGAAGAAGCUGGAAAGGCUGCGAGAGAACCACCCCAAGAUCCAAGCUGUCGUCUUUGCCGCCAACCAAGCACAAAUCAGCGAUCAGAACCCGGCUUUCAACAAAUGGCUAUGGCAGCUCCGAGAUGCCAUUGAUGAUGCAGAUGACGUGGUUGAUGAGCUAGAGUACAUGAAACUUCAAAAACAGCUGACAAAAAUCAUAAAGCUGAGAAGGGUGCGUAACAUCAUGAAAUCCAUGAAGAAAAGACUUGUCAAAAUUGGCAAACGUGCUCUAAAAAUUGAUCCCAGCUUGAAGCGACUGGAGGAGGCUGUGCAGAAACUUCAUAAAGUUUCAACAACUGGUGUUGAUACUUUCCUUCAUCUUGUAAAAGGCGCAGAGCAGGAGCAUCAGGAGCAGCAGCUUGAGCUGUACAGAGCGCGUGAAACGGGAUCCGCGCCUAAAAAUGAUCUCAUCGGUCGAGGCAUGGAGAAGGAGUUUGUUAUGAUGUGGCUGAGGCAUCCAUCAAAUGAGCAUCGGGGAACUACUUUGUACGGCAACAUUUCUCUUCUAUCUAUAGUGGGCCAUGGUGGUAUGGGGAAGACAACUCUCUUGCAACACGUCUAUGAAGAUGAAAUGACGAAGGAAUUUGAUCUUAAAAUGUGGGUUCGUGUUUCCAACAACUUUGAUGCGAAAAAAUUCAUUGCAGAUAUGUUGGAAUGUCUUAAGAAGGAGAGGCCUCAUUUGGAGACACUCGAGGCACUUCAAGAUAGUCUUCGGACUGAGAUUAUGUCCAAAAAGUUCUUACUUAUUCUGGAUGACAUUUGGGAGGAGGAGGAGGAGAACAGGCAUAUCAUGAAAUGGGAGAACGUGCUUGCCCCUCUGGCUUUUGGGGGUUUUGGAAGUAAGAUUCUGUUAACAACUCGAUCAGACUUUGUUGCACUGAUGUUUGCAAAGGUAAUGAAAAUCAAGAAGGAAACAUUAAUAUUACAGGGCCUAGAGGAAGAUGAGUGUUUGCAGCUCCUCAACUCUCAUGCAUUUGCUGGUGUAGAGAACCCCUCUGAUGAUGAUUAUAAAAAAUUAAGAGCCAUUGCUGGAGAGAUAGUUAAAAUGCUUUUAGGAUCCCCAUUGGCAGCUAAAGUCAUUGGUGGUGUUCUGAAUUACAACUUGAAUGAAGGGCAUUGGAUGACAGUUCUAGAAAGCAUUUUAUUGGAUCAGAAUUCUAUCCAUUCCAUCUUAAGACUGAGCUAUAUAGUUCUGCCAAAUCAUCUACAAAAUUGUUUUGCAUUUUGUUGUAUGUUCUCAGAAGAUCAUGAGUUUGAUAAAGAUGAUUUAGUCCGAAUGUGGAUUGCAUUGGGUUUCAUUCAACCGUCUCAAGGAAUGACUAUGGAGGACAUCGGAGGAAGGUAUUUUGAUGUUUUAGUUAAAAAAGAUUUAUUUGACAAGGUCGGAUAUGGCUACAAAGUCGGAUAUCACUACAAGAUGCAUGUUUUAAUACAAGAGUCAGCAUCUAAAUUUUUUGCACAGGAAUGCGUUGAAGUUGUGGAUGAUGAAAAGUCAUCUCUCGAAAUUUCUGAGACUAUUCGACACUUGUCUGUUCUAAAUGCAAAGCCAUACAUCUUAAGCAAAAUUGAGAAGUUUAAACAUUUGCAUUCUCUUUUCUUGUUCUAUAAAGUUUCUAAUCAGGAUAUUUGCAGUGAACUUAUUGAAAUAUUCAAAGCAUUGAGAAGCCUCCGCUUAUUAUACUUAUAUGCUCCAGACUUGAAAAAGAUACCGGAGGAGAUUGGAAAUUUGAUACAUCUUCGAUACUUGAAGAUUGUUGGUUAUAAUUUGACUAUGCUGCCAAGAUGUCUAAGUAAUCUCUAUCACUUGCAAUACAUAAUCUAUGAUAGCCCAGGGGAAAGCCAACCUAAUGGUGAUGAUUUUAUACCAAGUGACAUUAAUAAACUUACAAACUUGCGUCGCAUAACUUUGCCCGAGAAGGCGAGAAUGGAAGUAUCGCCUCCUUAA